AUGAAAUUUAGUGAUUUUAUUUCACACUAUGCGUUUAUUGCCCCGUUAUUUACCCUUGUGGGGAUUCGUUUAGUUAUAGCUUAUACCAGCUCCCGGAUAGCCCGCCGCGCUUGCGCAACCCUACAGCUCACUUCCAGAAGGAGAGCAGAGUGUUUGGUGUCAAAUUUAAUUGCAACUGCAGCAUCUACCCCAGCAGAGGACUGUGAUACGGGCAUUAUUAAAAUUUACCUAAAUCAUAAUGGCUUAUCUCUCGUAACUGUGACCUUACACUCCUUAGCGGAAAAUGGUUGGAAAGUUCAGGAUAUCUUUGAAACCUACUGCAUGCUUUGGGAUUCCUCAGAUGAUGCAAAUGAAUCACUGAUUAACGUUUGGAAUUGCCUUUGUGCUAUAAUCGAUACUCACCUCACCUUCUACCUUGACAAUCUUGCCUGGGAAGAGGAGGAGCUGGUAAAGACUGUGGCGAUAGCUCGACUUUUACUAAGUAAAUACAAUAUCAAUAAGAAACGACCCCGUAGGCGGAGGGAAUGCAUAAGCGGUAGUGGAAAUCAGUACAUCGCUACGAUGGACGGCCUUCGCCUUCAACUUGAAGAGCGGCAGAAUGCUUUGAAAGGGUCUGCGUUCUGCUCCUUCAUAUUGCUUCUAAAAUCAUUUCAAAGGGUCAUGAGCAGCACGCAUCUGCUUAUUCUAACAGGAGUUGCUCUGCUAAGUGGGGAUUGUAUAUUUCGCUUGCUGCCUACAGCAAGUGAGCUUCUAUGCUACUCGGACUUGGUUAAUAGACAGUUCAUCACGACACGAGGCACAAGUUUUUUUUCAUUUGCAAAGGAGGCCCUGAUGGGAAGUAGCGGCAAGCUGUUAGCCUGGGCUGUGUUGGGAAACGCGGUGCGUGAUUUCGCACGGAUGGGUAAGAUUGUACUAUCUAGUUCUGUGAUGCACGAGUAUUACUAUGCGCUUCUACUAGACGCGAUAGUGUCUUUAUCAAGGCUGGAUUACACCCCGCAUCGCUACUGGGGCCUUCCAGCUGCGGUGUAUGAUUCCUUGAUCACUCUCACAAGUUUUAACCUGGAUGAUAUCGACAUCGCUGUAUCCAGAUACCUGAGAUUCCUAGACGUCUUUACGAUAUGCGUUUUGCACCCUGUCGAGUGCGCAACUCUAUGGAUAAGUCAGCAAUGGGUUCGCUAUGUUCAGCUCACGUGGAGCAGGAUGACUUAUAUGAGGGAUUUCAUGAAAGAAUUUUACGAUUGUACUAUUGCGUGUGGGAAGUCAUCUGAGGAAUUGCGGGCUGGAUCCACUCCAAUGGAUCAGCGGCGACGUUUCUUCUCUACCAGUCACUACGGCUUGACAUUACUUUUGUCUGUUUCGAUUGAGAAGGAAAGUAUGCAAAUAAUUGCAUUUCAGACGUGUCUGUCCUCCUGGCCAUCAGCAUGCGCAAAGUUGUCAGUGGAGGUUUGCGAACGGAUGGUGCAGCUGUGGGAGCAUCAGUCUGAUCAUUGCCAAGAGGGCAACUACGGAGCAAAGGAGUCCAUGGUUCGUUAUUUCCUUGCAAAAAGGGACCUUCUCAGGUCCUUGGAAUCGUCCAACGAGUGUGAAAUCCCUGGACCGUUUAUCUGCCACCAAGUCCUUGACAAAGGGUUUAGUGGGUUGCGCCUUGGGGGUUGGGAGGACGUCGUGGCGCACCACGUGCCCCCAUGCAAUCCCAGCAUACCAGCGUAUCUUUUUCGUUGGGGGUGGGAGACCGUCAUGGCGAGUGUCUUUUCGCUCGCGCAAAGUGUUCCCCUCAUCACGACGAUCGGGUGCUCCGCUGUACUCAACACGGGCUUACUCCAGUGCGACCCGGCACGGGCAGAGCGGCUCGCCGUGGAGCUCGAUCACCUCGCCGGGCUUUGGGACCCGUUUCAACAGGACUACGUCCCCCGCCGCUCCAGGGCCGGCCGCCCCACGUCGCAUUACCUGUUCGACGUCUACCGACAAUCCAGCCGGUACUGCGGCUACGCAAGCUACCCUGUGAGCAUCGGGCUUCUCAGUAAGCUGGCCCGGAUCACCCCUACAAUUGACGCACGACGCCACGAGAACUGCGAGCCACUUCCAAGCGGACCAUGGUCGAUUGAGUUCAAAAAGGUUUGGUUUCGAUACCCCACCAAGCAGCAGUUCGUCCUAAAGGGAGUUUCUUUUAAAAUCAAGGCUGGUGAGUUCUGUGGGGUCAUCGGGUUCAGCGGAGCGGGGAAGUCCACAAUUGCGCUUCUCAUUAGUCGUAUCUAUGCUCCUCAUGCGGGUGUGAUUUUGCUAAAUGGGAUUUCGAUUGAUCGGUACGCCGUCCGUGACCUCCGACGGAACCUAGCAAAUUGCUGGCAUGGCGAUCAGAGCAUGCGUUUCUUGGAUUCGUUGAGUAUUCGAGAUAACCUUGCUCUCGGGAAUCUACUCGAUGUGGAUCACAACACUAUUACACAGGCUCUUUCUUUAUCGAAAUCCACUGAUUUUGUUGAGAGUCGUGGUCAUGGAUACUUAAACACACUCGACAGCAGAGCCUUCAGCGGUGGCGAGGUUGAAUGCCUUGCCAUUGCACGCGCUAUGAUGAAGAGAAGCAGCUCUGUUGGUGCUUACAUUUUUGAUGAAUCCACCAGUGGUUUAGAUUUCACGACAGAGAAGGAAAUCUUAAAUACAAUUAGGCAAUAUUCGACACGGGGAAAAAAGCAACCUGCUACCAUUAUUAUGAUCACACAUCGCCUCGCCUACAUUCAACAGGCAGACAAUAUUAUUGUCAUCAACCAAGGCGAAGUGGUCGAGCAUGGUUCGUGGAAAGAACUAGUCCAUGAUCCCGGCAAUGUUUAUUUUCACAGGCUUGUCAGCUCGCGAACACCUUUCCCCCCUCCUUCCUCCUGA